CGAGAUUUGGACAAGCAUAGCUAUUUGUUUUCAUUUCGUAUCAGGCGCCAAUUAACAAAUAAAUUUUUAUUAAAGCAUUCUAUAAAGAACGGUAGGAAUGUGUUAAAAGAUCUUAAUGCCUAUUUCCGAAGUCGCCAGACAUGUGUAAACAAGAUUAGUGUGAAUAAUUGUCAUAAAUUGCAGAUAUACUGAUAUUCACUUAUCACCUGGCCAGAUUGCCUGCCGGCGCCAAAAUCCAUAAUGUCGUCAUCCAAGCGGAAGUCCGUACCAGGACAACAGAAACAAACAACGCCAGAAAAGCGGCGUAGAAGUGGUCAGACGGAUGGUGGAACGGCAGCGGGCGCAGCUACUGGUAGGGCAAAUGCUAUGGCCGCGUCAGCAGCAGCAGCAGCAGCGACCGGCAACGAACCGGAAGCGGCGGAGCAUCACGCUUUGGAUGAAGCGAAUAUUUCGGAUGACGAAGAGGGUGGAACAAGAAUUGGCGAUAUAUAUAUACCCCCGCCUAUACCACCACACUGUUCAACGGAAAGUAAAGGUCCGCGAUUAAUUAUCAAAAAAAUUGAAAACAAAAAUUUCAAAAGCUACGCUGGUACAGUAGUACUAGGUCCCUUCCAUCAUUGUUUCACGGCUAUAAUUGGACCAAACGGUAGCGGUAAGAGCAAUGUCAUCGAUUCGAUGUUGUUUGUGUUUGGCUAUCGAGCCAAUAAAAUUCGUUGCAAGAAAAUAUCGACGUUACUGCAUAAUUCCGCUAGAUAUCCUAAUAUGUCCAUGUGCUCGGUAGCGGUGCAUUUCCGGGAAAUUUUGGACAAGGAGGAUGGCACGUGCGAGGAAAUUCCUGACAGUGACAUUAUUGUUGAACGCAUAGCAUUCCGAGAUAAUUCUUCCUAUUAUACGAUCAAUGGGCGUCGAGUACAGUUCAAGGAAGUAGCAAAGCUACUUAAGAAACAUAACGUCGAUUUAGAUCACAAUCGAUUUUUAAUUUUGCAGGGAGAAGUGGAGUCAAUUGCUAUGAUGAAGCCAAAAGGCUUAACAGAGAACGAAUGUGGCAUGCUCGAGUAUAUGGAAGAUAUUGUAGGUACGACGCGAUAUAAGGAGCCACUGGUGAAAAUAAAUGAACGAGUUGAGCAGCUAACGGAAGAGCGUACUGAAAAACAUAAUCGCUGUAAGUUGGCCGAACGCGAAAUGAAAGAUUUGGAGCAACCAUAUAAUGAUGCCGUUGAUUAUUUGCGCCGCGAAAAUGAAAAUACUCGCACUAAAAAUUUACGCAUACAAAAAUACCUUAGCGAAAAAAAUAAAAAGCUAGAGGAAUAUAAGAAGGAGCAUGAGACAAUAUCGGCAGAGCUAAAGCAGCACGAUGAAGCAGCGGAAAAACUGAAGCAGGAACGGGAAGAGAAGGAGAAACAAGUACGCGAAGAAAUUGCCCAAUUCGAUGCACUGCGGAAGAAAAAGGAAUCGAUUGAAAAGCAGUGGGAGUCUGCGCAUAAAAAUUUUACUGAAGUGCAACAGACGAUGGAUAUGACGAACAAACGGCGCAAGCAGCAUAAAACUCAAGUGGAAAAACUUAAUAAUGAAUUGAUAGAUCUGCGUAAAAUACCAGAUAAAAAUGAAAAAGAAAUUGCUGAGUGCCAGAAAAAGGUGGAAAAACUAACUAAAGAUAAAGCUGCAAUGGAGGAAGAGUUACAAAAAAACUAUGUGACGCUAGAGAACUUGACAAAACCGCUUAUUGAAAAGCGUGAAAAAAUGGAAACUGAAUUGGUCGAACUAAAAAAACACGUUGACGAAGCCAAAGCUGCCUUAGCGCUAUCGGAAUCUGAAUUGAAAAUUCUCAAACACGAUGAGACGACAGAAACACGGAAAUAUGAGUCGAUGAAAACCUCUUAUGAUGAAUCGAGUAGCAGUCUAGAGGAAAAACGUAAAGCAGUACAAGAAAUGAGAAGUCGUUUGCCCGAAAUACAAAAGGAGAUUGUCAUGAAAACACAGAAAAUGCAACAAUUGCAAGUGGGCGAACAACAUAUGCGCGGUAAACUAAUGACACUCAAGGCUGAGAUAAACGAAAAAACGGUCAGCUUGCAGACGACGCGAUCAAAUAAUAAGGUAUUGGACUUUUUAAUGAGGCAGAAGAACGAGGGCAAAAUACCAGGAAUUUUGGGUAGAUUGGGUGAUUUAGGUGCGAUUGACACCAAAUUUGAUGUGGCUAUUUCAACAGCCUGCGGACGUUUAGAUGACAUCAUAGUAGAUACGGUCAAUACGGCUCAAGAGUGCAUUGAACACCUUAAGCGAUACGACAUUGGACGUGCCACCUUUAUUGCACUGGAGAAGGUACAGCAUUUGGAGAAGCAAUCGGGGCCAAUACAAACCCCUGAGAAUGCACCGCGUCUGUAUGAUUUGGUGCGUGUUGAGGAUGAACGUGUACUCCCCGCCUUCUAUUUUGCGCUUCGCAACACCCUCGUUGCAAACGAUCUCGAACAAGGUUCACGUAUUGCCUAUGGCGCACGUCGUUAUCGCGUCGUAACGCUGAGUGGUGAUGUUAUCGAAACAUCCGGUACCAUGUCAGGUGGUGGUCGUACACAAAUUCGUGGCAAAAUGGGCACCAAAGUACAAACAAAGACCAAACAAUCUGCCGAUACGUCAACGGUGUCGCAAAAAGCAUUGGAAGACAUGCAAGUGCAGGCCGAGCAACUGCAAUCGGAAAUUAAUUACAGUCAGGAGGAACAAGGUCGUCUGGAGAGGGAACUGCAACAACUGAAUAUAAGCAAGCAGAAAAAUGAAUCUGAAAUUCAAAAACUUGGCAUCACCAUCAAGAGUUUGGAUGAGCAACUGCCACGUAUUUUUAAGCAAUUAGAGACACAGAAGAAGCGCAUGGAACAAACUACUACCGAUGCGGCUAAGGUGAAAAACAUUGAGGCUGAGAUUUCUGUGAAAAAGAAGACGCUGAAAUCUUCCGAGGAAGAGGCAGACAAAGUCACUAAAAAAAUAGCUGAGGUUAAGAAAGAGGUUGAUAGUAUACAUGGCGAUAAAGUGAAAUCAGUACAGACGAAAAUCAACAAUCUGGGCACACAAAUUAAGAAGCUAAAUAAUAACAUGUCUAAGUUGAAAGUUGAAGUAACGACAUCCGAACGCAAUGUGGCAAAAAUGGAAAAGCAACUUGAGCAGCUAAACGAGGAUAUAAUAAAAGCGCAGGAUGAGUUGGUGGAGAUGAGUGCGAAACGCCAAAAUUAUGACGAUGAAACUGCGCGGCUAGUGAAAGAGAUCGAAGAAGCACAGAAAGCCAUCGAAAGUGCCAAAAGUGAGUCGUCGGGAAUACAAAAGGAAAUUGCUGCGUUACAAAAGCGUGAAGGUGAGUGGAAAAUCAAUGUUAUAGACUUGGAAAAAUAA